GGAAAUCCAAAAAUCCGAAUAGAUCAUGCGUCUUGUGCUGCUUGCAACAUGCCUCUGGCUGACUGUGCUGGAGAGCUCGGCGCUGCUGAGCGGCGAGCAGCGCAGCAUUGAGAAGUGUCUGCGCAACUAUGGAGGACUGAGUGCGGCGAACGCGGAGCGUCUGGAGCGGUACACGCAAUGGUCGGAUAACUAUGAGGAGGUGCCCUGCUUCACGCAGUGCUAUCUCAGCGAGAUGUUCGACUUCUAUCACGACCAGGCGGGCUUCGAGGAGCGCCGCAUCCGACAGCACUUUGGCGAGGCCGUCUACGAGGCGUGCAAAGAGCGGCUUCAGCUGGGCGCGGAUCAGACCCAGAGCAGCUGUGAGCACGCCUAUGCGGGCUUUCACUGCAUUGUCAGCCUGGAGAAUGAUCCGUUCAUAUUGAUAGAGAACAUGCCGAAUGCCACGCGCGUCGCCAAGUCGGCGAUGAAGGAAUGCCUGCAGCAGGUGGAUCAGGUGGAGUGGAAUCGCAUUGCCGACUACGCCCAGUUUCCGCCCACAGAGCCCAUACCCUGUUUUACGCGCUGCUUCAUCUCGCAGCUGCAGCUUUUCGAUGAGCGCACGCGCCGCUGGCGUCUGCCGGCGAUGCGGCAAGUGCUGGGCGUGCCCCUGGUGGGCGCCCAUGUGGCUGGCUGUGCACAGCGCCGUGGCCGGAAUCCCUGUGCCACGUUUUACCAGCAAUUCACCUGCUUUGUGGUGGCCGUUUAGCACUUGUUAGUUACACUGAGCGAACAAAACGAGUGUCUCGACACAUGUCUGCAAAUCAUAGAGUA